AGAUUUUCUAGGUUCAACGAAGACCGUGAUUUCCAGGGUGGGAAUCACUUUGACCAGUAUGAAGAGGGACAGUUGGAGCUGGAGCAGGCGUCCCUGGACAAGCCCAUCGAAUCGCGAAUUGGCCCCUAUUAGCUAAGCAGCAAUGACCUGCCCAGUAUUUUAAAGCCAGGAUAACAUCGGGCACCGGCUGCUUCAGAAACAUGGCUGGAAGUUGGGGCAAGGCCUUGGCAAAACCAUGCAGGCGAUUUGAUCCUGCCCAUGUUGUGCUGAUGGUAAACUUAGUGGUAAAUGUUAUUUUAUCCCCCAAUUGAAUUGUUUUUUUUAUUUUAUUUUAAUUUCUCCCAUUUUUUGUUUUCCUCUCAUCAGAGCACCAAUGCUACAUAGGCUUUCAAUUCUCUCUGUAUUAGUCGUCAUUCUGCUGCUUGUAUAUUAUCAUGCAUAUGUAUUACUCUUAGAACAUUGUCAUUUUGUUUGUUUUCAGUUUUUUUAAACCUUGUGAUUUACACCCUGUGAUUUAGAUGCACAUUGUUUUUGUCUGGUCCUUUUUUUUCCCCACUGGAAUGGGUAAUGUCGAAGUAUUGUCACUGUGUUUAAAGAUUGGUGAUAGUUUGGGAUGACUGUAAUUGUUCAUUAAUCUUUAAUUCUGGGCCUGGCUUGUGACUCAAUUCAGACAGACCACUGCAGUGGCUGGCUAACAGACUAACCCCUUUUUUGGUUUCACUUCUCUAGAGUGUGAACAUGUCUGUCAAUAGAUAGUCUUGUGAUCCAGAUAUCACAUAAUCAGUCCUCUUCUCAGUUCCUCAGUGGAAAAAGCUCUUUCAAAUCAUGCAAUCAGUGUUACGUUUUUAGAUAAAAGCCCACCCAGCUGCCAGACACUGCAGUGGAGAGUCAAGGCAGGCCAUUAUAUGUUACAAUGCCCAUGCAUCUAUGAUUUCAGAAUUAAUGUCAUUGGGCUGUGAUGACUAAAUUACUCAAGGAAAGCACGGGAAUGACACAGAUAUUUACUUCCAAUAAUGUUCUUACCUUCCUCUGUCCAGAAAGGUAAUAAUGUGCCAGGAAGCAGCCCCGAUUAAAGCAAUAAAUUCAGUCCAAGCCUUAAAAUGCAGUUGCAUUUAAAGGGGCCAUGUGUAGUUUUUUAGUGGCCUUUAGCGGUGAGGUGAGUGAGCCAAAACAGAGGCCGACACCCUGGAGACAGCAUCACACAAAAUGCGGGAAACUCAGGUAAACUCCCACGUUACGUAAUAUUUUUAUCAGCUUGAUGUUAAACUAAUCCAAGCUUGUUGCAUGACAUUGUUUCAUUGAUUGCAUAUAGCCGUCAUGAUAAUAUGUCGGCGUUAGCUAACUUGAGCCAACUAAAACACACAAUCCCAAUAUAUUUCACGUGAUCCGCAGCGUACCUGUCUAACAGGAUUAGAAGUCAACUCAGGGUCAGGUUUGACCUGUGUUUCCGCCCGAUGUGGAUCUGAUUCUAGUUUGGCCUGACGGCCUUCAGCCCAUAAAACCUUUUUGUUGUUUUUUUAUCCCUGCAUGGAAUUUUUGUUGGGAGUCUGUGUUGUGCUUGGGAGCCUGUCGUUUUUAGGUGUCGCCUGCGGUGUUGUCACUGUUGAGUUCAGAAUCAAUAGGCAAGAGGCUCAGGAGUGCACAUGAACAUCACUGCCUAAGCCAAUGGAUUUUGUAGAAAAUACAAUCAGAUUUCUUCACAUAGGAACCAGCUUACAGGCGAAUGAUUCAUUUUUAUGUGAGGUUAUAACCCUUUUACAAAUAGGCAAUUAAAAAGUGAUUAAUUUCAUUUAAAAAACUACAUAUAGCCCCUUUUUAAUACAUUAUACAUGCUCUUUUUGGCUCACAGUAUUACUUUCACAGGACAGUGGAUAAUUUGAGAAAGUCCUUCAUUUUUAGUCAAAUUUGGGUGAAAUUUAAACCGCCUGGCCUACUUGGCACAGAUAUAACAAUGACACUUUGAUUGUACAUUUCUAACCCCGGUGCUUGUCGUUAUUCCAUACGCCCAAUGGUAUACAUAGAAAUUUGAUUCAUGAAAAAAAAAACUAACUUGAAUAUGCGGGAGGGAAAAAAACUGAAACCAAACUGAAUUGAUAAUCACUAUCAGUAAGAUUGAUUAUUGUAUCUUGUAUCUGGCUGGCAACAGGAGCAGCAGACUAGUCCAAAUUCUUUAUUUUCCUUUUGUGUUGAGAUCCCCAUGUCUAUCUGUCUGUCUGCCCCCCCCCCCCCCCACCCCCACCCACCCAUACCCAUGUUUUACCAGGUAAGUAUCCCCAUCCCUUGCACUGUCACCAUGGCGAUACCUGGCCUGUGACGUCACUCUGCUGUAGUUCAGUGCUUGUGUCCUUUUUUAAUUUUACUCUGUCCUUCUCUCUGCUUUGUUUGGCUGAUUAUGAGUGGAUUAAGCAAUUCCGUGUCAAUCUCCAAAGUAGUUUUGAUUUUUAAAUAUUUUAUAUCUUUAAUGUUUCAUUCUGUUUUUUGUCUUUGGUUUGUUUAUUUUUCUACAGUUAAUUUCCUUCCGAUCUAGCUCUUUUCACAGCUUACAUAACAUAGCUUAAGUAGACAGAGGAAACUAAUCAUUCAGCUACAGUCAUGAUGAGAAAGGGGACCUGGGACAAGGGGACAGAUUUGGACCUGAGGACAGUGAAAGGGGCUUUCAAGGGUCAUCCAGGCUGCAGACAUUUCAGAAAGAGAUGAUGCAAUAGGCCUUAGAUAAUAUUGGGAGGCUUUGUUCCCCUCAUGGAGGAUGUCGCAGUGGCACUCUGUGAGCAGUGGCAGCAGCUGUGCAGGCCUGUUGCAACUCCCUACACACACACACACACACACACACACACACACACACUCACACACUCUCCCUCAAGCUGUAGCGUCCUUGAUAAACUUGGCAUUCUGGUCUAACCAGGACUGCAGCAUCGAACGGGUGGAGGAGGGGUGGUGGGUGGCACAACUACACUGAAUAGAUAUGGAAACAGGAUUGGCUUAAAGCUGAUAGCCUUGUUUCUAGUGAACCUUAUCUUUCUCUAGUAAGGCAUACUGUAGUGCUGAACAACCCUGAUAUCUUUUACUCUUUUAAAUUCACCAGCAAAACAAUAAUUGCAGCUAAUUUGACUGAUUGAAAAUGCAAAUUAGCAGCCAGGUUAACAGGAACACUAGAUAAAUUGGUCUUGGUGGCUGCAGUAAGCUGUGAGAAUGGCUGAUGUUUGGUUCACUGUAGCUUUCUGGUCUCUUUGCACUUCAAGGCAAAAUUCUCUAACCCCAGCACCCUAUGCUCUAAAAGCAGGCUGUCUCCGAGCUGGCCCUCCGUCUCAGUCUCAAAGACUCACCUAGUCCUCUCUCUGUCUCUUUUCCCUCAGGUCGCACUGACCCUGUGCCCAUCAUCCUCAAAUAUGAUGUCAUGGGGAUGGGACGGAUGGAGAUGGAGCUGGACUAUGCAGAGGACGCCACAGAGAAGAGAAGAGUGCUGGAAGUGGAGAAGGAGGAUACUGAAGAACUGCGGCAAAAAUACAAGGACCAGAUGGAAAAAGAGAAAGCCAUUGCAAAGGCUCUGGAAGACCUGAGAGCCAACUUCUACUGUGAGCUAUGUGACAAACAGUACACCAAACACCAGGAGUUUGACAACCACAUCAACUCUUAUGAUCACGCUCACAAGCAGAGGCUUAAAGAGCUGAAGCAGAGAGAGUUUGCUCGUAAUGUGUCAUCCCGUUCGCGGAAACAUGGAAAGAAGCAAGAAAAGAUGCUGCGCCGGCUGCAUGAGCUGGCUGAGCAGAGGAAACUACAGGACAUUACUCCAGGAAGUGGGCCCAUGUUCAAAACUACCACAGUGGCUGUGGAUGGAGAGAAUGCUGAAGAUGGCGACAACAUGACACCUGAGAACACUGCUUUGACAGAGUGUGCCCUGGAAGGAUCAGUGGCAGAUAAAACUGAGCAAGCCUCCCCGAAGCCAGGCCCUACCAUCAGCUUUUCUUUGGGGAAGAACAGCUCUUCCUCCCCAACUCCUAGUGGUGCAUCCAAAGUCAGUGUGUCUUUCUCUUUUGCCAAGAAAGCCCCAGUAAAGCUGGAGACAGCAGCAGCAGUGUUUGCUGAUCAUGGAGAGGAGGCUAUGGAGGAAGAGGAGAUCCAGGAGGGAGAAAAGGCUGGAGGGCAAGAAGAGACAUCUGGCUGCAGCACAGACAGCUCUAAGGGAGGUGAAGGAGGAGGUGAAGGGGGCGACGGCAGUAGUGUGGCAGGGACGGAAGAGGUGCAGCAGCCUGAUGAUGGAGCCUCUCUAGCCUCCACUCUCAACAAACUGAAGAUGAUGAUGAAAAAAGAGGAAGGGUAUGCUGGACAGGAGCCUCAGUACUAUCACUAUAUACCUCCAGCUCACUGCCGGGUGAAGCCUCACUUCCAGUUUUUGCUGUUUAUGAAAGCCACUGAUCAGUGUCCGAGCAAAGAAGAGGAAGACGAGGAAGAGGGGCAGGAGGAGAAAAAGGUUGAAGACAGUUCUGAACAGACAGUACCCAACAUAACAGAGGCCAUGACUGAAAAAGAACAUGGUAAUAUCUCUCCAACCCCUGACCCAGCGCCAACUCCUCCAUUGCCAAAAUUGAAUACAGAGGAUGUCACUCCAUGUUCAGCAGACACCGCUUCCACCGUACCCACUUCACCUAUACAAAAAGCAGAGGGCACACAGGAUACUCUGGAUUCCACCUCAGGUCCUAAAAUCCCAACAGGUCCCUUCUUCCCAGUUCUGAGCAAAGAUGAGAGCACCACCCUGCAGUGGCCCUCUGAGCUCCUCGAAUUUACAAAAGCUCAGCCUUCCCUGUCUUACAGCUGUAAUCCCCUCUACUUUGACUUCAAGCUGUCCCGCAACAAAGGGGUGCGUGGUGGGAAAGCGGUAAAGUCCCCUAAGACUUGUGAAGAGUCUGAUGGCAAAGGACAAGAGAUGGCUACCUCAACAGCUGAAGUAGAUACUACCACUAAACCCGGGACCAGCACUGACAAAGACAAGCUAAUGACGAAGGGCGAGACUGGUCAAUCACAAGGUGAUGAGCAAAAGGCUGUGACAGGCAGCAGUAGUGCCAAGAAAAAAAAGAAAAAGAAGAAGCAUAAGAAGUCCGCCAAGCAUUCAAAACGCAAAGGAAAAGAAAAGGCAGCCAAAGAAGAUGCAGAGGGAGAGACUGAGGUAACGCAAGAGAAGCCCAAAAAGAAGAAAAAACACAAACGGAAGAAGAGCAAAAACAAGGCUCCAGAUCAAGAUGAGGCAACAGGUGAUGAAAAGGAAAAAGCAAAACCAAAGUCAGAAGAAAAAACUGUUGCCUCCUCUGUUCAGCUGACAACUGGAGGAGGAGUGGCUACAGGAAAUACAGGAGCAGAACUGGGGAAGAGGAAACGUGCUACAAAGGAAGUGCCUUGCAGGUCUGGAGCAGAGGAAGGAGCUACCGGAAAAGGCACAGACAAGGCCAACUCCUCAGAGGAGCACAGUGGCACCAAGCGACAAAAGACUGACUCCAGUGCACCUCAAAGUGCCUCCUGCUCCACUUCAGCCCAAAAGAGUCCUGGUCCUGGUAGGCCUCCCAGUAGCGAGAGUGAAGAAGAAGGGGGCUCUAAUGCUCAGCGUUCACGUCAUCAUAGGUCAAGUCCUCGGGAACAACGGCGUCACCAUAGUGAGGAAUCAAGGCGGUCCUGCAGCCGUUCUUCAAGGCGGGGGGAAAGGCGGGGCAGCAGUCGUCGGCGCCAUCGGGGCCAAACCUCCCGAAGUCACUCUUACUCCAGCAGCUCUGAGCGCUCCUCAGCAGGCAGCAGCGCCUACAGCCACCGUAGCCGCAGCUACUCAGACAGCUACAGUGACUACAGCACCGCAGGUCGCAGACGGAGGCACUCCAAACGCUCGUCAGACUCGGAGUAUGAGCGGAGGGGAAGCCGAGGACAUAGACGAUCUAGGAGACAUCAGUACUCCUCUUCGUCCUCAGAAGACUCCCGCUCGCGGUCACGCAGCUACAGCCGCAGGAAGAGGCACCGUCGGCACCAUCGGAGCAGCUCAAGGAGCUCCAGUAGCUGGAGCCGCAGCACCAGCGCAAGAUCCUGGAGACGCAGCUACAGCCGCAGCCACAGCUCUGCCAGCCGCACCUCCAGUUCCACCAAAGGCUCCCCACGCCGGCGAGUUCCCAGGGGACGAGGGGACAGUGACGCACAACGCAGAGACUUCAACCGCUCUCGCAUCUACCGCUCUCAGUCUCCACGAUCAUCGUCAUCUCGAGGCCUUAACCGCAACAGCCAUUCAUCCAGCUCGCAGGCUCUGAGGCCAGGAGGGUCCCGAGAUGCAGGGGACCAGAAAAACACCCUUACUGCACGCCAGCUGUUGGAGAAGGUUCAGUCUAAAAAAAGCACUGAUGAUUCUGCCACAGGAACAAAAUCUGGGAUUAAGAUUAAGGACCCGCCACAGGGCUAUUUUGGUCCCAAACUACCCCCUACCCUGGGAAACAAAGCCAUGCUGCCGCUGUUUGGUAAGCUGCAGGCAGGGAAGAAACCCCUGAUUCCCCUUACCAGACCUGAUGAGGGUGAGAAAUCAGGACCAGGGAAAGGCUCUGAGGCUGAGAGGGAGGUUAUCCUGGUAGAGCCUAUAAGGGAGUUCCCUCCUCCACCACCACCUCCAGCUCCACUGGUCCAGAAGAUUGAGGAGGCCCCACAGAGCACAGCGGUGCAAGAGGAGACACAGCACCCUACUACAGAAGUCCUGGUGCACCAAGAACCCAGGCCAUUGUUUGAACAGGAGCCUUCCAUGAUGAUACCCCAGUACCAAGGAGAAUCUGGGCAGGACCCCUCUCAGAAUCCCAUGUUGGAGUCCCUCAUGCCAGAAAUGCAGCAGCAGCAGCCACCAAUGCAUGCCUACCCAUCUUAUCCACCACCCAACCUGGAGGAGGAUGGCAUGGAGGCAGAGGAGGAUGGACUGGCUCCUUUAGAGAGUCAGCCCAUUACAUUCACACCAGAGGAGAUGGAGAAAUACAGCAAGCUGCAACAGGCUGCACAGCAACACAUCCAACAGCAGCUUAUGGCCAAGCAGGUGAAGACGUUUCCCUCUGCUGCUGCGGCCGCAGCCGCAGCUGCUGCAGCCGCAGCCAACAUGGCCCCGGCUCCCCCUCCCCCAACCCUGCAGCAGAUCCACAUUCAGCAGCCCACUGUGUCUGUAGCCUCCGGCACGUCAAUCACCACAGUGCAGCACGCCAUCCUGCAGCACCAUGCUGCCACUGCUGCAGCCAUGGGCAUCCACCCAGCGCAUGCCCACCACCCACACCCUGCACAUGCCCAGUUGGCCCAGGUACACCACAUUCCCCAGCACCACCUUACCCCCAUCUCCUUGUCUCAAUUUGGCCACUCCCUUGGUCAUUCUCUGGGACACUCACUCGGACAUGCUGGGUUGAUUCCUGCCCACCAUACGGCCUUUCUCUCUGGUCAGCCUAUACAUAUUAUCCCAGCUUCUGCACUUCACCACACCCCCUUAGCUCUCCACCAUGUACCACAUACAGCCCUGUACCCCACACUUUUCACACCCCGGCCCUCACAGGCCGCUGCAGCAGCAGCUCUCCAACUCCACCCACUGCUACACCCAAUCUUCUCAGGGCAGGACCUCCAGCACCCACCUAAUCAUGGCUCUUGAAUAAAAAUGCAAGUGAAGGAGUGUAGUCCCAGCACCCAACUACUAGAGGAAAGACUUAACCUAACCGGCUUGGUUUUGGGUUUUAAGAUAAAGUCUUUGCGACAACAGGCAGGCAGUGAGACAGGAAGCUGUCAUUAAACCACCGUAUUACUGACCUACACAGUGCAGUAAGUUGUAGCCACAAAGUGGUGCUGCUUGUGUCGGGUUCAGAAUUGACACUGACAUUUUCUUCUGGCUUAUGUUUUUUUUUUUCCUCCAUGUUUUGCCCUGAAUUUUUAAAACAGUGUAGAUUUAAAGAGACUUCCUCAAGACAUUGGUUUAUGUACCAGCUGGGUGUAUAUUAACACCACCCCUUUUUGAAUGAUAAUUCAAAGAAACCACUGGAUGUGUUUUUGUUUCCCAUAUAAAAUAAUUUUCUCACAGGUUUUGCUCACUUUGGCAGCCAAAGAGAGAUGUAAUGGCUGAAACUAUAAGCAGAAUCAUGUUAGGAUGAUGAGAAAGUGGUGUUCUAGAGAGGAACAGCUCCAGUUCUGUAAUGUAACUUUCAGAGACAGUUUAGUUCUGUUCAGUACUAUUUAUCUUGUCAUAUGACUACUUGCUCUCUAUUGGAUCCUUGGUCUCAAAUAAUUUGUAAUGCAGUAACUUGUACAUAUAUCAGUGUGUUAUGUGAAGAAUCCCAUCAGUGAUGACCAUAUGAAAUUACAGCUGUGGUGUCCAAAUAGAAAUAACAUUGUCACAUAGGAACCUCCCUCUCUAAGCGAGGGGAAAUGUGAUGUAGGGGUUUUAACAUCCCUGAUGCUCUGAGGCAAAGCUCAUGUUCCCUGUGGUGAGGGAACACCUGAAUAAAUUGCACUGAAAUCUGUACAUCGAGAUGGUGCGUUUGCAUCAUGUAACAAGAUUGUAGUAUACUGCAAUAAUUGUAUUUUUCUGUUUUUAAAUUAUUUUCCAAAAUGUUCUUCAGAAGAAGGGCUGUGUUUUGCUUUUGUGUAAUUUUGUAAAUAAAACUGCUGUAGAUUAACCUAUUAACAUUCUAGAGGUUUGAGACUGGCAUUGGGGAAAAAAUUAAUGACAAGAUGGGUAAAAGAUGGUCACGUACGUAUUUUAUCAAGGUUGUUUCUAAAGGACCCCUGCUAAAAUAAGCUGGGAUGGCAAAGUAUAGUGACCUGUCAAACAGUAGCAACUCUGUAUUUUUUAAAAACUUAACGUUUCAGCAAAUAAAAUCUUGAGUUCA